AUGAGCCAAAGAGAAGCUGGCAAGCCUGAUUCCGGCUCCCGUGGGGCCCCGGGGAGCUUACACUCUGCAGCAGAGCCGGACUCCCCCUCGCUGUGCAAGGCACCUCCUCAGAGCAGCACGUGGCGUCAGCAGCUGGAGCAGAACAUAAAGAGGAGGGAAGCUCAUCGGGCACUGAGUGCCCAAAUCGCUGACCUACAACAGAAGCUGCUGGAUGCAGACAAUGAAGAUAGGACAAAGCACCGCUGGGAAAAUAUUGCAACCAUUCUGGAAGCCAAGUGUGCUCUCAAAUACUUGAUAGGAGAGCUGGUCUCCUCCAAAGUGCAGAACAGCAAACUCGAAAGCCACUUGAAACAGAGCAAGGACUGCUGUUCUGACCUGCAGAAGAUGCUCACUGAGGAACGGGAUCAGACUACCGAGAUGAAGAAUGAGCUGCAGGAGGACAUGAUGAAGUUGGAGCAGCAGCACCAAGAGAAGGUGCUCUAUCUGCUCAGCCAGCUGCAGCAGAACCAAGUGGUGGAGACACAGCUAGAAGAUUCCGUGAGUGAACGGGAGCAGCAACUGCUCGACAGGCUCAAGUUUCAGGAUGAAGAGCUUGAGAAGAUGCGAGAAGUGUGUGAGCAAAACCACCAGCUUCUUCAAGAGAAUGAAGCCAUCAAGCAGAAACUGAACCUUCUCCAAGUGGUCAGUGGGAAGAAACUUCACCUUCCAAAUGUCUCCACUCUGUCUCCAGAUUCUUCCUUUGAAUAUGUCCCACCCAAGCCAAGGCCUUCCCGUCCAGCUAAAGAAAAGCUCCUGUUACGAACUAUGGAAGUUGAGGAUCUAAAAUCUAACACAGAGCCUUCUGGGAGUGAAGCUGAUAACGAUGAGGACGAUGAUGAGUGGAAGCCAAAAAAACUAGUCAAAGGUUCCAAGAAGAACGUGCAAGGGUGCUCCUGCAAGGGUUGGUGUGGAAAUAAACAAUGUGGGUGCAGGAAGCAAAAGGUGGGCUGCGGAGCAGACUGUAGCUGUGACCCUGGGAAGUGUAGGAACCGCGAGCAGCAGGCGGAUGCGUCCACCAGUGCAGAAAAUACCCAGGACUCUGAAGGCUCCUUCAAGCUAGAGGAUCCCACAGAAGUGACCCCAGGGCUGAACUUCUUCAAUCCUGUCUGUGCCACUCCCAAUAACAAGAUUCUUCGAGAGAUGUAUGACGUGGGCCAGGUGCUGACAGUCACCAAGUUAAAGAAGAAGGCUCCUUCCUCUGCCCCUCUGGAGCCUGGACCUGCAGCUGCCUCCCAGGAGAACAAGGCUCCAGGGGAGAAGAAGAAGAAGCGAGUUCUAAAUAGUACCACUAGCUUUUUCUCUGGCUGUACCCCCAUCAGUGAAGAGGACGGAGCCCCCUAAAGUCAGAAGCGCCUGCUGCCUGGGAGGCAUCUUCAUGCUGGUUUAGAGGUUGCUGAGGGAGGGGGAUGUUAGUGAGGUUGUUGGAUUUCUGGAUAUUUGUUGCAUAAUAAAGAGAAAGCUGUUCCCCUCUCUUCCACAUCCCCCCAUUAUCUUCCUUCUCUCCAGAUGCUGCCUCUGCUAUGAGCAGGCUGCCUGGAACCGUUGACUUCUGAGCCAUUCCCAUAACCCUAAAAGGCCCCACACGUGUCAGUUGAGAAGUUUUUCCCUUUCCAGGAUUUAUGUCGGAAAUCAGCCUGAUGCGCCCCCCAGAUCAACUCAUAGCAUGGGACGAGGCUUUGUAGGGAGUCUUAACCUGAUAGUAAGCGUGACUCGCAGUGGAGGCACAGAGGUUCCACCUUGGGACAGGGGUGUGCCCUGCCCUGUUGUUUUAGUGGGACGAGAGAUACUUGGCCUUCGUGAGCUUGAGGCAAUUAUUAAAGACCCUUUGUUAAGUUAACAUUGUUAGAUGAAUAAAUAAACUUUGGAAUCCUU